GCAUCACUCGCUCUCGAGCAACUCUCAAGCGGUUUAAAGUUGGAAUAGUCUCGACUAUCGAAGAAAAGGAAGAAACCAUGUACAAGCUCGCUGUACUCGUCGCCCUCAUUGGUUGCGUCGCUAGCGCACCAGCACCAGCACCAGAACCAGCACCAGGCUACCUCGCUCCAGCUCUCCAUGCCGCACCUUUGGUGGCUGCAGCCCCUGCAGUAGCAGUUGCCCAUUCCGUACCGGUCGCCACCAGCUACUCCAACACCUACAAGGUCUCGGUGAAGAGCCCGCUCGUAGCUGCCACCCCCGUCGUUGCGGCUCACGCAGCUCCUCUCGCCUAUGCAACCCCGCUCGUCAAAGCUGCUCCCGUCGUCGCGGCUGCGCCUGCUGUCGUCGCUCAUGCCGCACCCCUUACCUAUGCCGCCCACGCACCCCUCGUCGCUGGAUACAUCCACUGAAAAUGAGACACAGAGAGGGAGAACGACUUCGGCUCCGAUUCUCUAGUCAGAACGACAUUCAAACCGGCUGUUACAAAUCACUUUAGACAUCUGGAUGAGACAUUGGCGAAAACUUGGAUCAUAACUCGUUGAUAUUAUCAUGAUCGAUCAAUAAACUCCUUUUCUAUCCCCUCACAAAA